CAGAAAUCGAUAAGGAUGAACGAUUCCCCUCAACACAUGGAGGAGGAAGAAGGAACUGUCUUUUCUUCUUCUUUACUGACAGCAGCUUCACCUGGACAACCCAGGGGGCGAGGCCUCUCUCUAUAUAAGCACCGUCCAUACACGAGACAAAACAUUGCUCACAUCACAACUUCAAAUCUCACAGGGAUCCUCGUAGACACAGUUGCAGACAUGCUUCUCUCUGUUGUUCUUGUGCUGGGCCUCUGUCUGCUGCCUGCUCACCUCCAAACAACAGACGUGCGUCUCGGCAGUCCUUUUCUCCAACACUGCUUUGAGGAAGCAAAGAAACUCGUGGACGACGCAUACAAGUACUCCAGAGAAGAGAGUCUGAGGCGAGUCCGCCGGGAGGUGGUGAGACCUCACGACAUUCUGCGCCUCCUGAAGCAGCCUCGAGGAGACACGCGCUCAGCUGUGAGAUCUGCAGACUACAUGGCACAAACCCUCCGUCUGGUGCAUGACAGAGUGCAUCGUGUGCACAAGCGCUCACUCAAUGCAACAGAUUUGCUCACUGAAGAGGAUCUGAAAAAGCUCUCCAUCAUAACUGGAUGUGCAGCUCGGGUCAGGAUCCCACAGUGUCGCACCAUGGCAAACAUAAACAAGUAUCGCCCAAUCACCAGUGUCUGCAACAACCUAAAUAACCCUCGCCUCGGCGCCUCCAACACGCCGUUCGCCCGUUUGCUGCCUGCCGAAUAUGACGACGGCGUCUCCCAACCAAAAGGCUGGAACAACCGCACAAUCAACAACGUCCUUCUCCCACUGGUGCGACAGGUCUCCAACAACAUCCUGAACACGACGGAUGCAGGCGUGGUCAGCGACACACAGUUCUCUCACAUGGUCACAUUUUUUGGCCAGUGGAACGACCACGAUCUCACCUUCACGCCGUUCUCUCCGAGCAUCCGCUCCUUCAGCAACGGUGUGAACUGCGAUGAGAGCUGUGAACAAACCGAGCCCUGCAUCCCCAUCCCGAUUCCUCCCGGUGACCCCCGCUUGCCCUCGCGCCCGGACGUCUGCCUCCCCGCGUUCAGAUCGGCCCCUGUUUGCGGAACAGGAAACUCGGCCUUUAAUUUCGGUGGCGAGCCCAACAAGAGAGAGCAGAUCAACGCUCUGACGGCCUUCCUGGACCUCAGCCAGGUGUACGGCUCCGAGGACAACCUCGCCCUUCGUCUCCGUGACCUCACUAAUGAUGGUGGCCUGAUGCUUGUGAACGACGAGUUCAGAGACAACGGGCGGGAGCUGCUGCCCUUCACGAAUGUCAAGGCCGACAUGUGUUUCACGCGCAGAAACAUCACCAACAACGCCAACGCUAAAGAGGUGAAGUGCUUCAUUGCAGGUGACAUCCGUGUGGACGAGAACAUCGCUCUGACGUCGAUUCACACCCUGUUCCUGCGUGAGCAUAACCGACUGGCUCGCGCCCUAAAGAGGCUGAACCCUCACUGGGACAGUGAGACGCUGUACCAGGAGGCCCGCAAGAUCAUGGGGGCUUACACACAGGUGUUUGUGUUCAGGGACUAUCUGACACACAUUCUGGGCGAGGACGCGGUGCGCACACAGAUCGGACCGUACCUUCGCUACAAUCCCAACAUCGACCCCAGCGUGUCCAACGUCUUUGCAACGGCAGCUUACCGCUUCGCCCACCUGGCCAUCCAGCCAGUCUUGUCCCGUCUGAACCCAAAUUACAGAGAGGAUGUUCGCUUCCCCAGCGUGCCCCUGUUCAAGGCCUUCUUCACGCCCUGGAGGAUCGUGUUUGAGGGUGGCAUUGACUCUCUGGUGCGCGGUCUGAUCGGCCGUCCUGCUAAACUCAACACUCAGGAUCACAUGAUGGUUACUGCUCUGAGGGACAGGCUGUUCCAGUUUGUGCAGCAUCUGACUUUGGACCUGGGCUCGCUCAACAUGCAGAGGGGACGUGACCAUGGCUUGGCCGGCUACAAUGCCUGGCGCAGGCUCUGUGGUCUGUCUCAGCCCAGGAACCAGGCCGAGCUCGGUCGGGUUCUGAACAACAACAACCUCGCCCGGAGGCUGCUGCAGCUCUACGGGACGCCCGACAACAUCGACGUCUGGAUGGGAGGUGUGGCAGAGCCGUUUGUCCAGGGCGGCCGCGUGGGGCCUCUGUUUGCUUGUCUCAUUGCGAGGCAGUUCAGAAGCACACGUGAUGGUGACAGGCUGUGGCACCAGAAUCCCGGCGUCUUCACUGCAAGACAGCGAGCUGCUCUGUCCACUGCCACGUUGGCCAGGAUCAUCUGCGACAACACCGGCAUCACCUCCGUCACCAGGAACGUCUUCGACGUCGUCUCGAACAGGAACCGGGUCGUCCGCUGCAACGCCAUCCAGAGCCUGGACCUGACGGCGUGGAAGGAGAACCUCGGGUGCUCAGGCUCGGGGGAUAACUGUAUUAAGGUCAAUGGAGCAGAGAAUGUUACUCAGCCGGACCCAGUGGAACAACCGGGCCUCCUGGACAACGAGAUCCACUAGAACCUCCAGGUCCAGCAGGACCCCCUGGUCCCCCGGGUCCACCUGGUCCCCCUGGUCCCCCUGGUCCUCCUGGUCUACCAUUACCCCACAUCGACAACGCCACUCAUUCAUAUUAUGCCUUCUCCGUCAUC